GGAAAGAAAAUACAAAAUUUUGUCUCAGCAUGAGUUGUUAUUCAAAAUAAAAUAUAUUCGUGUUCAGUAGUUAAUUACGGUUAGUCCAAGUGACAAUUGUUUCAAAAUUUGUGCAUAUAACAAUCUAAAGAGUAAUAUUUCCAAUUCAUAAUGCCAACCGUCAAUACCCCCGACAAAUUGGAAUAUCAAUUCUUUCCGGCCAACAAUUAUGUAUUCACUUUUAAGAUACGUGCACCCAAUGAUGCUCAUUUGGCUUUGACUGCUCAGCCGGCCGAAAGUUUUCCCAUGUAUGAGGUGUUCAUUGGUGGCUGGGGCAAUACGAAAUCGGUAAUACGUCAAAAUCGUCAAAAACCCGACGUAGUGGAAGUUCCAACACCGGGCAUUUUAAAUGCCAAUGAAUAUCGUGGCUUCUGGAUUCGUUGGUACGAUCAAACAAUUACAGUGGGUCGUGAAGGUGAAGCUGCUGCAUUUAUGACCUUUCAUGAUCCUCAUAUGUUCCCGAUUCAAUAUGUGGGUAUAUGUACUGGAUGGGGUGCCUCAGGCUCGUGGACUUUUGAAGCAGAACCAGCCCCCACAGCUCCUUCGAUGACAAUGCAUAACGCUCCACAAAUGAAUUACAAUCAACCACCACCCGGCUUCAAUCCAGCCGCCAUGGGUUAUCCUCCAAUGCCACCAAUGAAUGCUGGAGCCACCACCAUGAGUUAUCCAAGCGGUGGCGCUUCUGAGACUUGGGUACCAGCAUCCAAUGGAGUGGUACCGCCUAAUGCUGUCUCAGGUGGCAUUGAUGGUAGCGACAAUUUAUAUAUUGCUCGUGCCCGUCACAGCAAUGAUUUAAUACCCGGCAAAUUACAUCCAUCUCACGGUUGUUGCUAUGUCCCCUAUGGUGGUGUGGAACAUAGCCACAAGGAAUAUGAAGUGCUGUGUAACAGCUAUGGUCGCUGGGUACCCUGGACUGGUAGUAUGCCACCAAAUGCAGUUAUUGGUGGUCAGACGGCCGAGGGAGAACCACUUUAUAUUGGUCGUGCCCAGCACGGCGGAACCACCACUGUGGGAAAAGUACAGCUAUCGCAUGGUAGUUGUUACAUACCCUAUAAUGGCGAAGAAAUGGGUUUCAAAGAAUUUGAAAUCUAUGUUUCUCAGUAAAUUUGGGGAAUACUGUUUUAAUUACAAAACUCUUAUGAAUCUCCAAUUGAGGAAUCUCUUAUUAAACACUAUAUAAAAUUUGUAUUAUAUAUCUAACCAUUUUAUUAAUUAUUUCAAUAAAGUAUGUGUUUUAUU